UUUGGCAUCCAGCGCCUUUCCCAGGACUUGGUCCCCUGCGGCCCCCACCCCUCUUCAGAGCGCUCCGCUUGGCGCGCUCCGUGGGCGGGGCUUGUUCACAAGCUGCAACGUGAGUGGCUGUGUCCUAGCAACCGCGGCGAGGGCACCAUCAACAGAGAUGUAGGAGGAGGCCUGGAACACUUAGCUGGGAGCUCUAACCCUUAGCCCACGCGGAUCACUGCUUUAUCCACUGGCAGGAUGCUUACCUCGUCUGCCCUCUCGGGUCAGACGGGCCCCGGAGGAUGGCAGGGGCGCGGCUGAACGGGAGCCAGCUUGCCUUGCUCUGGACAGAUUGCCUAGAACAAAUGACACAAUUUAAAAGAACUUCCGUUACAGACUCAGCAGACAGAUCCUCAAAAGAAAGCUGAAGCAUAUUGGUCUACCCUUGUUUCUGUGACUCAUUCUAAACUUCUUAGCUCAAGAGGACAGAAACGUGUUGGGAGGAGAUGUGGGUAUCAGGAAGCAACACACAGUUACCAAAGGAUAAUGACUGCGAGAUAAGUUCUCUGAAGUCCGUGGGCCCUGACUCCAGAAUCAGAGAUGGAGAGACCAGGCACAUGUUCUCCCGUCUCCGAGCAGCAGCUGCAGAGGCAGGAGGGUCAGAGCAAGCCUGGGGAAGAUGGAGCUGAGCAGAGUCUCAUUUCAUCUGAGAAAUGGCUGCAACGACAUGGGCUGAAGGCCAACAAACUGUCAUUGAGACAGAUCUUGUCACAGAUCGGAUUCCCACAUUGUGAAGAUUAUGUGACUUCUCUGGGGAGACCGGUGGCUUCUCGGUACGCUGACGGCCUCUUCCCGCGGUUCUGCAGGGCAGAAGAUGGCCGUGUGUACAACCUGACAGCUAACUCGGAACUGAUCCAUCAGCUUGUGGAACACUUAGCCCAAGCCGUGGAGAGUUACAAGAGGCGGAUGGACUGGCUCACCAGCAGAAGCCGGCAGAUUUUUGGCAUCAUCUUGGAACAGUGUGUCACUAUAGUGCUGGAUUGGGGCGACAUUCUGGAGGGGGAGCUCGAUUUGUGCCAAGAUGCUCUGACAAUGGUCCUCCAGGAACAGGUGGCCCACAUAACCAAGUUCAAUAUCAUAUGGGUUUCUCAAGUGCCUGUGAAAUGGAAGGAGCGUGCCACACCUGUGACCCCACAAUCCAUAGCUGCUGCCAUCAGCUGGGUUGGAAAUCUGACUUUUGAGUCACUCACCGUGAGUGGGAUGAGCCGACUGGAUGCCCUGCUGGAAGCUGGGAAAGACGAAACUACCGAAUCUAUUUACUACUUUGUCGUGGGCGAAGUUUCCGAGGAAUCCAAGGAGCUGCUUCUCGAGAUGGCUUUGCAGAUCCCAUGUCUGGUUCACACGGUGUCCUUCAACGCCAGAGGGGAAGGCACCAUAGCUUUCCUAAAGGAGCUGAGUGCCAGGGCCCACGGCAGAUUCCAUGCAUUUGCAGAGAGAACAGAGUGUGUAGAAUUUCCUGCAUUCUCCGUGAAGGACGAUGACUAUGUGACUUCUUGGAACUCAAGGAAACUGAAAGGAAAACUCCCUCCAGGGGCCGGAGUCAGAGAGGACGUGUUUCUCGUGUGGAAGGAGAUGGAGGAAGCCUGUAGCACACUGGCCCAGGUCCAGAGGCUGGUAGCUGAGCCGCCGAAGUCCAAUGUGGCCCCAGAAGACUGGGAGUCAGGAGCGACCUCCGUCCAGUAUGGAUCAAAUCCAGAAGACAUCUGGGACUCUGAGAAGUGGCUCCAAAAAUACGGCUUGAAGGCCCAGAAGCUGGAGUUUUACGAUGUCCUUGCUGACUGCUCCUUCCGCCAUGCUGAUGGAGUCGUUGAUAUAAAAGCCAAGCCCGAGGAUGAGUCUGUGCAGACCAGUGCGGAGACCAACAUGAAGACAGUCCAUGCAAAAUAUUGCAGCAAGUUUGUCCACGCGCCCUGGAAGGAUGGGAGCCUGGUCCACGUCAACAUCACCAAGGAGAAGUUCAAGUGGUACAGUGAGAAAAUACACACGGCCUUGGCCAGAAUCCAAAGGAGGAUUAAGUGGCUGCAGGAUGGGAGCCGGGUCCUCUUUGGGAAAGUGCAGGAAGAGUGUGUCUACGUCCUCAUCGACACAUCUCACUCGAUGAAGAGCAAGCUUGACGUGGUGAAGGACAAGAUCAUUGGGUUUAUGCAGGAACAGCUGAAAUAUAAAAGCAAAUUCAAUUUCGUGACAUUUGACAGCCAGGCAGUUGCUUGGCGGAACAAGCUUGCUGAAAUUAAUGAAGAUAAUUUGGAACAGGCUGCGUCCUGGAUUAGAGAGAUUAAGGUGGGAAGCUCCACAAACACACUGCAGGCCCUGCAGAUGGCUUUUGCUGAUCACGAAACACAGGUCAUCUACCUUUUGACAGAUGGGAGACCUGACCAGCCCCCUGAAAUGGUGAUAAACCAAGUGAAAGCUUUUCAGAAAAUCCCUGUUUAUACCAUCUCCUUCAAUUACAAUGAUGAGCUUGCUAAUGACUUCCUGAAAGAGCUUGCCUCUAUGACUGGUGGAAAGUUCCAUUCUUACAGAUUCGGUUGCAAGGACCCCAUUCCUCAAGAGGCCCUCCAGGACGGGGAGCUAACGCUUUUGCUCCGGGAAAUGGAGCAGGGGUACAGAGACCUGGAGAAGAUGCAGGACCUGUACUCUGAGUCCCUGAUCGUGGACUGGUGUUACAACGGAGAGAGGGAAGGCAACAGCAAGCAUCAAAAGGAAAUCUCUUCUAUAGCAAAACUUCAAUCUGAUAUUGAAUCAACACCAACCUCGCUCCCAAAUAUGUCAAAAGUACCCUGGGACCUAUCAAAUCAAAAGACACAGAAAAAGAAAGUCCUCCAUGCAGAAUCGACCAGAACCAGCCUCCUCAGAAGCCAGAUGUUCACCCUCAAGAGCUCAGCCUUCAAACCCAGGGAGGACAGCUUCUCCACCUCCGGUACCUGGAGCUCUGCUCCAAGUGACCAAGACCUCAGCCCCCUACUGACCAGCAAGAACCCGGGUGAUGAUCUGUCAGGAAGAUGGACCACAGAAGGGAGCCAAACUUGCAGCAAGGAAUCUUCAGAGAUGUCCUCGGCAACCUGGCUCCAGAUCCACGGCCUGGAGGCCAAGAAGCUCACCCUCAUGGACGCCUUGUUGGUGACGGCGGUGCCCCACAGCCCCACCUAUGUCCCCAUCCUGGAUAAGCUUGUGCUCUCCAAGGUCUUUGACGAGGUGUUCCCUCUGGCACAUGUGUGCAAGGACACAAAUAAGAUGACCUUCAUUAACCCCCAAGGGGUCAAACUCAACCUCUACAAGCAGAAGGUGGAACAGGCCAUCAAGUCCUAUGAAAAGCGCUUGAAUAAAAUUGUUUGGCAAGCAUUAUCUCAAGAGGAAAAAGAAAAGUUAGAUGCAGUCAAACCAAUCCAGUACCUGGAAAACAAGUCAGCUCUAAACAAGGCACUAGAGCGGUCAAAUUGGCCCAUUUCACUGGAAGAACUGUCACUGCUGGAAAAUGAGAUUCUAGCUGGGAAGAUGUACAUCCAUCAGGCCAUGGAGCUCCAGGAGGCUUCCAAGAGGAACUGCAUGAGCCAGGCGCCAGCAGAGCUGCAGAAAUCUCAAGGAAGUCCAAAAAAGAAACUCAAAUCAAAGAAAGUAGAUCACCUCAAGGGCCAGAAGGUUAUUGCAAGAUGUGAUGAAAACGGCUUUUAUUUUCCAGGGGUUGUAAAGAAGUGUUUGAGCAACAACCAUGCCCUGGUGAACUUCAGGUACGGGGACACCAAGGCUGUGCCCACCUCCUUCAUCACGCCUGUUGGGGGCGCCAUGCCCUGCCCGCUGCUGCAGGUUGGAGACUACGUGUUUGCCAAAAUUGUGAUUCCCGAAGGCUUUGACUUCUAUGUUCCUGCCAUUGUCAUAGCACUUCCAAAUCCAAAUGUGGGCUCCGAGAAAUUGUACACGGUCCUGAAGUGUAACAACCGGAGAGAAUUUUGCCCUCGAAGUGCACUUAUAAAGAUCAGCCAAAACAAAUAUGUUCUCUCCUGCUCUCAUAUAAAGCCACUCCCAGUGAAGGAGGAUCCCAAAGGGGAGGGCAUGGAGGUGAAGAACUCUACUUUUCCUCUCUGGUCAGUGAAACAAGUUGACAGUGGGGAACUCAAAGAACCAAAACAGGAAAAUCCUAGAAGAAAGAAAAAGAAAGCCGCCCACAGGCCACCUCUGCAGGAGAUGGCAUGCUCAGAUUCAGACAGCGCUUCUCACAGCACCAGGUCCCAAGAACACCCCCCCACACUCACCUCAAACCCAAGCAGGGGGGCGGGGGCUUGCCUCUGUGCAUCCCCAGGGUGCUCUGAGGUUUCUCCAAGAAGUUAGCAGGUGCAGUCUUGCCCUGGUUUCCAGGCCAGGCUGCAUCAGGCCCUGCUGAGUAACACUGACAUCUGCUUUCCUAGAAGAGGCCCUCGGCGGGGGGUCUAAGACUCAGUCGGCCUGGUCACCAUCUCCACACCUCCACCUCCAGUGGCCCUGCCCUGGCCUUGGGGAGCCAUCCAUGGCCCCCAGGGUAGAGGGCCAUCCCUGAGAAACCUUAGAGCAGUCUAGUGGCACUAAGUUGACAAGGGCCAGCAUUCCUCCAGGACUGAUCAGAUCUCAGCGGCCAACACUGUGGGAUGAGCCUCUCCACUGAGGUAAGGCCACCUCUUAGCCUGCCUCUGCCUGCCCAUGGGCAGCAAAGGUCCAAGGGCCUCCUACCCUCCAGUAUGCCUGGUUCUCCUUCCCAUUGGAGGGUGUUACCCCUGGCUUUCCCCUGACCUUUCCUCCUCGUCCUGACCAAACAUCUCGACCUCUGGUCCACACAGUGUGCUCAGAGAUUCCAACUUGGCAUAUUCCUGUCAAAGUCUUUGGAAGUCAGGGCACUUAGGAUCCAAGCCUGUGGUCUUUUUUUAACUUGAUGAUCCCAUCUGAAUUAGGGAUUGAAAUUUUGACUUGGCCAGGGUUUCUGGACAUUCUGACUGAGCCUGCCUUAUGU